GUAUAUACGGUAGUAUAUAUAUGCCAGGAAUAUAUAUACGUGGCUGCACCGGGUUGGAUUUCCGCGAAUUUUCCAGAGGCCAGACUAAAUUGAGGAACCGUUAAACAAUUAAUUUCCUAACCUAGAGGAUGCGAGUGAGACUCAAGCCUUCGAGCGUCAGGAAAUAAAAUCCAACGAGAAUCAGAUGUCAUGGGUCCAAGAAACGACUCCACGAUGAGAUGGAGAGUCUGGAGUCUGAUAACUCUGAAAUUAUUGAUUAUCUCCUUGGAGGUGCCUCAAGGCGUCUGUCUCGAGGUGAUUUACGCUAUAAAUGCUGGGGGUGAGACCCAUACGGACAGCUAUGGGGUGAGGUACCUGCGGGAUCCCCUGAUGGGAAAGGUGGGGACAGCCUCUGAUUACGGAAAGCAGUUGAUCAUCGGGAGAGUCAACACCAUGGACCAGAUCCUCUACCAGACAGAAAGAUACCACCACUCGACCUUCGGCUACGACAUCCCCAUCAGCGAUGAUGGUGACUACGUCCUCGUCCUCAAGUUCUGCGAAGUAUACUUUAACUCACCAAACAUGAAAGUCUUCGAUGUUGUUCUGAACGGUGAUCACACAGUAGUAACCGAUCUUGACAUCUUCGAGAGAGUCGGCAGGGGCAUCGCCCACGACGAGGUCGUACCCUUCAGGGUGGAGAAGAAAAAAAUUAUAUUCAACGAGGAGGAGUCCGAUAUCCUAGGUGGAAAGAUUCGCGUGGAAUUCAUCAAGGGGUACAGAGACAAUCCCAAAGUCAAUGCUAUUGCUGUUAUCAAAGGGACUGUUGAUGAUGUUCCUCAGUUGGGACCCAUCCCCCAGGAGCCAGAGGAGUACCACGGGAUGCAGGAAGACGAAGAAGAGUCUCCAGUCCGAAACAGACACACCAGCGGCCCCAGAACCCCCGAUCCCUAUUCAAUCGAUGAUUCAUCGAUAAUGCUACCUGUUUUCGUAGCCAUCGGGGCCUUCAUACCCCUCCUCUUCUGCCUGUGCAAGCUGUAAGCAAAAAUCAACCCGAGAAUCAAAAUAAUUCCUCAAAAAUCAAUCAAUUGCUUUGAUUUCUGUGUAAUAAUUUUUUUUUCUCGGUGCGCCGUCAUCGAAACUAGCCAAAAACUGAAUUAAUGCAAUUGAUGCAAUUAAUGCAAUUAAUGCACGAUGCAGGGGGAGAAUAAGCGCAGGAAUACCUAAAUGCACGAGUGUACUUAGUCGAUACAGUCACGAUGUGUUAAUUGUAACGAUUUUUUAAAAACUUUGUAUUUAUGUUUAUUUAUUUUUCACGAUUUAAAUACAGAGAUUAUAACGGUGAACUGAUUAUAUGUGGUAUUUGUUAAGAUUGUAAAGUGUGUGAGAAUAAAAUAAUGACUGUUGUUA